AUGGGUGCCAUAGUACCGAUAAUCUCUGCUAUGGAAGCCACCAGAAUACGAAGAAAUGGAAACUGUCAGGCUUAUCUAGUUCACCUGACAGGGCUGCCCGGAGAAGAAAAGACGAUUGAUGAAGUUCCAAUUGCUCGAGAUUACCCAGAUGUCUUUCCAGAAGUGCUACCUGCUGAAGGAAUUAAAGUGGAUCUAGCCAAAGUAGAAGCUGUCAAGGAAUGGAAAACACCAACAAAUGCCCAUGAGAUCAGAAGUUUCCUAGGAUUGGCAGGAUAUUACAGAAGAUUCAUAGAAGGAUUCUCCAAAUUAGCACGGCCAAUGACACAACUGCUAAAGAAGGGAACCCAAUACAAAUGGUCUGAGGAUUGCGAACGGAGCUUCCAGGAACUCAAGACAAGGCUUACCACUGCUCCAGUGUUAGCCAUACCAGAUGAGAAUAUGAGUUUUGUUGUCUACACUGAUGCCUCGAAGUUAGGACUUGGGUGUGUUUUGUUGCAGGAUAGGAAAGUGAUAGCAUAUACAUCCCACCAACUGAAGCCUCAUGAAAUAAACUACCCUACUCAUGACCUAGAGUUAGCCACGGUCGUGCAUGCCCUAAAAAUUUAG